AUGUGCACUUUCAACCUAUACACCGUUAUUACAGUUUUUAUCCUGAUAGAUAGAGUUCACGGGGCCGAUAAUGUGACCUACCCGAAAUUUCCUCGACAGGGACACUUUUUUAUUGAAAAUAUUGUUACUCUCGGUCAGUAUCAACGUAUACUCAGCGAAAUUCGAUAUGAUUAUGAUAAUAAUCGACUUGUGACCAUUGAUGAUCGAACGUUUACGUAUUAUAAUUAUACUACACAUCAGAAAGCUGUCUACACAAGAAACGGUUUGAAACGCUGUGAUGUGUAUCCCAUCGACAUUGAUAAUCCACUCGAUGGACUUUCUGCCAUGAUGAAUCCUCAAGAUGGAACAACGCAUAUUCGUCCGUUAGAUGAAUUAUUGGGUUUCCCGCCGAAUGCCACCUAUCAAGGAGAAGCUGUUCUACGUGGUUUCAUUCUUGUCCAUCAGUGGAUCUCAACCAUGUCCAACGAAUCGGAUAUGAUUUGGUCAUUUGCAAAACCUAAUUAUUUGAUGCCAUGGAAUCCAGAAAGCUAUACUAUUCCCGUUCAAAGUCUUCUCAAGCGCAAAUCUGACGGUGUUGUUUUACAAGUUAUGAAUAUCUUCAACUACCAAAUCACACUUACUAGUACAGCGUUUGUUCUACCGGGCGGAAUUUUCUGCGAAAAUCUAGUACCCGCUGAUGAUCUGUCCAGUUUACAGGAUGUCGGUAUGAAUUUUCCUGACAGAUUUAGAGUCCGCAUUGAUGCUUCCAGUACAUCACAGCUUCUUUGGCAUUCGGUGAAUUUUCGAUAUUAUUCAUCGAAUGAAGACAAAUUCAUUCGUUAUGAUUAUACACCAUUUGAUAACACUAAAAAUCCAGUUACGAUCAUCAUUGAUUAUACGCAAGGUGCAUCACGUUCGUACAAAAUUGAUCGUCGAACUGGUUCAUGUAUAAUAAAUGAUUCUGUUGAAAUCGUUUUAGCGACAUCAGUUUUACAUAAUCCCAUCGAGAUGUUAAUUAAAUAUCAGAAUUUACUUAUGACGAAUCCGCCACAUCGGAUGUUUCAAUCGACAGGAUCUCGUGCAUGUCGUGGAUCAAUGAACUGCUCGACUCUUGUUGGACAAAUACCUCUAUUUCCGCCGGAUAUUCAAGAAGAGUGGUUAAAAACAGAUGUCGAAUGGGCUUGGUCAAAACGAAACAUCGACAUUCCAUCCUCUCCCUACGAUUAUCCAGUUUCGUUGAAUCUAAAUCUUUACAAAAACACCGGUGGACCACCUGCAAACGUCCACUAUGAGUUCUAUGAUUAUGAUACAAACGUUUAUUUGAACGAGUUCGACAUUAAUUUGUGCUAUCGAUCUAACCAACUAUGGUAUAACCAUUUAGCAUUUAAACUUAAAAUAACCGGUCAACCUACAUCCGACGGUCUGGAAGCUAGCACAAUUCAUCGACGUCAUUUAGCACAACGUCUCCGUGAACAGAUAAGAAGCAUUACGGCAGUGAAACUGUCUCGAAUAUCUGGACUCGAACUUGAUCACCAUUCAAAGCAAGCAGGUCAUAAUGAUACUCUCUAUUGUAUAUUUACUCUUCUUGAUCGUACACCUUUUGUUGAUCCUUCAAGUGAAAUUGAGUUACUCGAUGCUCAAACGAAACUCGAACAAGCAAUUAACGCUGGAACAUUUCAACUAACAACAGAAGAAGGUCUGUCAAUCGAAGCUAUUCCGAAUUCACUAGAGGAUGUUCAGUAUUUCUAUGUAUUUAAUCCAAAUGCAAGUGUAAAUCCAGUCGAUUAUUUCCACAAUACAACUGUCCAUGUCAAUCGAACAAUAACAGAAUAUGUUGACGAAGUUCAAGAAAAAAUUCAGUAUUCCGAUGGCGCACAGGCAAGUGCUGUUCUCGGCGGAAUGGGUGUUGGAAUUUUAGCAGGUGUCUCGAUUGUGCUUCUCGUUGGAUUUUUAAUUAGAAGAAAAGCGAAUUCGUCUGCGACAGGUGGUCUUACAUUUCGAAAUAUUAGUUUUCGCGUUCGAAAUCAUCACGCACAAGAAGAUCAAGAAAUUGUCACAAUGGAACAUCCGGUAUCUGGUAGAGAAGAUGCGUUAACAUAA